AUGCAGGAAGAAAUUAUUUAUCUUAGUAAACUCCAACAUUUAAAUCUGGUUAGACUCUUAGGAUUUUGUCUUGAGGAUGACAAAAGGCUGCUUGUGUACGAGCAUGUAUGUGAAGGAAGUUUAGAGAAGCAUCUUUUCAAGAGUAUAGCUGUACACCUUACAUGGCCUAUGAGGAUGAAAAUUGCAAUUGGCGCUGCUAAUGGCAUGUCAUUUUUGCAUGAGGAAACUUCAAGACCAUUAAUAUUUCGAGAUUUUAAGACCUCUAAUAUCCUAUUGGAUAAGGAUUACAACACAAAACUUUGGGACUUUAGUCUUGCGAAAGAUGCUUCAAUGGGACAUGAAAUCCAUACAACAACUAAAAGGGUCAGAUCAAAAGGCUACGAAGCCCCAGAGUAUAUAAUGACAGGACUCCUUACUUCCAAGAGUAAUGUUUAUAGCUUUGGACUAGUUCUACUUGAACUAUUGACAGGAAGAAGAGUUAUAGAUCAAACAAUGCCUACAGAGGAGCAAAACUUGAUAGAAUGGUUAGGGCCUCGUCUUAGGAACAAAGCAAACUUCCAUUAUUUGAUGGAUCCUAGACUUGAAGGUAAAUAUCCAACAAAAUUUGCUCAUAGGACAAUGAGGUUAGCUAUUCAUUGUCUUCGCCUUGACCCAAACACAAGACCCCAUAUGAGACAAGUACUUCAUGAGUUAAAGUCUUUGCAUGAUGACAUGCUUGGAUCCUCAACCUCCCAUAGGAGAAUGUAUAAAGGUCCAUCAAACCAUGUUAGUCCAAACAAGUAUGGCGUUGGAAUAUGUUCAUCAUCGAAUUUUCCAAGGUGCUUCCAAGCCAUGCCAGAGUGUCAAGAUUAUCCUCUACCUCUACCUCCAUCUCCAUCAAAUCCAAGAGUUAGAUCUUCGUCAAAUCCUAGUUUGAAAAUUUAUUCAACCUAG